CCACCGCGGCUCCCCGGUGCCGCUUCCCGCCGCCUGUCGCCGCACUACUGCGGGCACAGCCCCGGCCGAGCUUUUCAGCCGCCUGAGCUCUCCAGCCUCGGCGCGGCUUCUGCAGCGCCGAGUGGGGAGGGUCGCCCCGGCUGCGCGCGCCCCGAGUGCCGCGCCACCCCUACGUCCAAUGGCUUUCGGGGGUGGAGAGUGGGGGGCGUUGCCCGCGGGCGAGGAACCACCGCUGGGGUGGGGCGGGAGUGUUCUGCACCGUGGAGCCAGGCUGACGUGCCCGCUGGAGCGCGCGUGCCCGUGCCCGGGCGAGUGUGUGCGAGUGUGUGUGUGUGCAGGAGUGUGUACACACGCGGCUUCCGGGGCUGGAGUGACACUGCAGUGGGCUUCUCCCUCGCGCAGGCCCUCCGGCUGCUCAGCCCCCAACCUGCUGGCACCGCGUUUGGGAAGCUUGGCUCUUUCAUCUUCCCGAACCUCCCUCUUCACCUCCCCUGGUGGAUCGCACUUUUCCUUUUACCCUGGGGGCUGCUGCCGGCCACCCUUCAACCGGUGCUAACACCCAAGCCGUCUCCGGUUCUCUCCUAAGCCAGCAUUUUCCACUUGCCUUUCUCUGAGGCUCCUCUUCGAGCCGGUCCCUGGGCUCCCCCAUCCUUGGAAAUUGUUUUGUUGGACUGCUGUAACGAGGCGUGCAAAGCUUGAGGACUUUAUUUUGAUUCUUUUCAUUUCCUCCCCAUCUGGACGACGGAGCAAUGAAAUUUCCAAUCGAGACUCCAAGGAAACAGGUGAACUGGGAUCCUAAAGUGGCCGUUCCUGCAGCCGCGCCCCCAGUGUGUCCGCCCAAGGGCGCCACUAACGGGCAUUACCCGGCCCCACGCCUGUCCAUCUCCUCCCGCGCCACGGUGGUAGCCAGGAUGGAAGGCGCCUCCCAAGGGGGCCUACAAACCGUCAUGAAGUGGAAAACCGUGGUCGCCAUCUUUGUGGUUGUGGUGGUCUACCUGGUCACCGGUGGUCUCGUCUUCCGGGCGUUGGAGCAGCCUUUUGAGAGCAGCCAGAAGAAUACCAUCGCCUUGGAAAAGGCAGAAUUCCUGCGGGAUCAUGUCUGCGUGAGCCCACAGGAGCUGGAGACGCUGAUCCAGCACGCCCUGGACGCCGACAACGCGGGGGUGAGCCCGAUAGGGAACUCCUCCAACAACAGCAGCCACUGGGACCUCGGCAGUGCCUUCUUCUUCGCGGGGACUGUCAUCACCACCAUAGGGUAUGGGAAUGUUGCUCCAAGCACUGAAGGAGGCAAAAUCUUUUGUAUUUUAUAUGCCAUCUUUGGAAUCCCACUCUUUGGUUUCUUAUUGGCUGGAAUUGGAGACCAACUUGGAACCAUCUUUGGGAAAAGCAUUGCAAGAGUGGAGAAGGUCUUUCGAAAAAAGCAAGUGAGUCAGACCAAGAUCCGGGUCAUCUCAACCAUCCUGUUCAUCCUGGCCGGCUGCAUCGUGUUUGUGACAAUCCCUGCCGUCAUUUUCAAAUACAUCGAGGGGUGGACAGCCUUGGAGUCCAUUUACUUUGUGGUGGUCACUCUCACCACGGUGGGCUUUGGUGAUUAUGUGGCAGGGGGAAAUGCUGGCAUCAAUUACCGGGAGUGGUAUAAGCCCCUAGUGUGGUUUUGGAUCCUUGUUGGCCUUGCCUACUUUGCGGCUGUCCUCAGUAUGAUCGGAGAUUGGCUACGGGUUCUGUCCAAAAAGACAAAGGAAGAGGUGGGGGAAAUCAAGGCCCACGCGGCCGAGUGGAAGGCCAACGUGACGGCCGAGUUCCGGGAGACGCGGCGCCGGCUCAGUGUGGAGAUCCACGACAAGCUGCAGCGGGCGGCCACCAUCCGCAGCAUGGAGCGCCGGCGCCUGGGCCUGGACCAGAGGGCGCACUCGCUCGACAUGCUGUCCCCGGAGAAGCGCUCCGUCUUCGCCGCGCUGGACGCGGGCCGCUGCAAGGCCUCGUCCCAGGAGAGCAUCAACAACCGGCCCAACAACCUGCGGCUGAAAGGGGCGGAGCAGCUGCACAAGCACGGGCAGGGGGCCUCCGAGGACAACAUCGUCAACAAGUUCGGGUCCUCCUCCUCCAAACUCACCAAGAGGAAAAACAAGGACCUCAAGAAGGCCCUGCCCGAGGACGUUCAGAAGAUCUACAAGACCUUCCGCAAUUACUCCCUGGAUGAGGAGAAGAAAGAGGCGGAGACGGAAAAGAUGUGCAACUCGGACCACUCCAGCACCGCUAUAUUGACUGAGUGCAUCCAGCAGCCGGCGGGGCUGGAGAACGGGAUGGUCCCCACGGACACCAAAGACAGGGAAAACGAGAGCAACGUAUUAUUUGAAGACAGAAUUUAAAUGUCCGGACGCUGGACUUGAUGAAACGUUGUGUUUUUUGUUUUUUUUUUAAAUAUUCACCCUGAGACACGUGCCUUAAACAGACUUCUCCUUAGUCCAGAAUUACAUAGCAUUGAAGAAUAUAUUUCACUGUGCCAUAGAGGACUGAGAAAGCUUGCGCCGCCAAAAGGAAUCAAAGAACAAGGACUCCGCUUCCCAUAGCGACAGCGAAACACCUAGGGAGCAUUUGCAUCCAUUGGAGGUCAUGGCUGCAGAUGUCAAGGGCGCGUUGCCGGGGGUGGGGGGCAGGGGUGAUGCUGUACCCUGGUGUAGCGCCGCCCUGGCCUGGAUGGCAUACGGGAAAGGGCAGCUAAUUCCUCAGACCAGCCUUCUGAAAGGAACAGGUGUGUCCUUUACAUGGAAGCUCACUCCCUGAACCUAGCGUUAGUGACCUAUGCACACGCAGAAGGGGCCUGGAUGGGGGGUGAACUGGUAACCUGUACUAGGGUUUGAGUUGGCGUUUUGGCAGGUGGCUCUGAGCUUGAAUUCUGAUUCAAACUAUUCAGGGCAUACCUAGCCUUUCUCAUGUCCGGGGGACCCGAGGGCACCUGGGAUUGGUUGGAAGCAGAUCAGAGCACACAUAUUAAAAGGUGCCGUUGCUUUCCUCAUUUCAAAAGAAAACAAAAUAGUCACAAGCAUCUCACUGUGGAUAUCACCUCAACCAAGGACAGAAGCCUCCUGAAUCUGGUCUUUCUCACAGGGGUAGGUGGUCCAAACGAUCUUGCACGCAUGGGUGAAACCUCAGCCUCAACAGCUGCAUGGUUACGGGCAAAAAUCAUGCAUUUUCCUCAGUGGGUGCAAUGGUGAAAAUGAACUGGUUUUGAAAUGUUCCCGUUCCCUUUUCUAGUGGAACUCCAGCUAUAACUUGUUUUGAUAAGAGGGGGGAAAAUACCAAAACUCUUGCCUUGCAUGAUGCCAGCGGCUUGCUGUUCUAACGGAUCCCACAUUUUUCUUACAAAAAUAGACAUCCUGCAUGUCUGAGACAUACCAAGGAGGACCAUGGCAUCAUUCCAUCUCAGGGCUUUUUGUCCCUUUGGGUGUCUUAGGGUAGACACAGUUACAAGAGCCAAUCUCGCUAUCUCCAAACAAAAGGAAAAUCCCUCAACCAACUCUUGUAUGAGAGGACUGAAUUGUUUUAAUUGCUUGCAGCUUAAGUGCCAUUAAUUGCCAUUGAAAAAAUAAUUCUGAAAAGAAGUAUUUCAAAUAUUUUACUUUUACGUUUGGGCGUUCCUUUAUUCGAAAGCGUUCCUUUUCCUCGCUCGUUGCUUUAUCUGUUACCUGCUGUUGCAACACCAGUGGAAACACCCACGUGAUGGUUUCAAGUCAAACACUAACCCACACGUGGUGACUGCAAUUUCUCCAUGAGGUUGGAACACCAGGGAAAGAAAGUGGGGGAGUGGCUCCUCGUAAGUUCUGAGAGGAGGAUUUCAAGUGGGUUUUUAUCAGAAAGGGAAAAAUACGCACUAGGCCAACCACCCUGCAGUGAGCCUCACAGCCUUUUUCAUAAUUGGCUUGUCCUUGUGCCGGUUUAAACUGAGCUGUUUGGGCCCCACACAGAAGCAGGUUGCUCUGGCCACAGCAGAGAGCUGCUCUUUGUGGGCCUUCGAUGCUCAGUGCCACGCUUAGAGCAUGUCACAUGACCGACCCACAAGCGGGCUUGUCACAGGUCAGAGGGCUGGCAGGGACUCCCAGGGAAAAUGGUACCCAUCACACCCUUGACCGCUGGUACCAUGGGAGACUUCUUUCUGACCGUUUCCCCCAAAGGCACAGCUCUCCCUUGCCGGGAGCACAGGCAGCACCCCGCCCCCGUCCCCCCCCCCCAAAUUUUUGGGCUCUAAUUAAAGUUCUGGCAUUGUUUUGGGGAAGGAGCCCAAUAAGAAUCAACUUUGAGGAGACCCUUGCUGUCCGAGGUAGGUUUGCCUCUGCGGGGCAGGAGCUGCGGCUCACUGGCGACAUCUCGUGUCCACAAAUCCAUGAACACCCACUCGAGACUCGAUGUUUGCACAGGUGCCAACAAUGGUUCUCGCUCUGGGGCCACUGCAGCCUGAAGAACCGUGUUUUAAGAAAUUGGUAGAUAAUUUGGCCUUUCUCUCUUAGCCCGUCAAGUUAAAAGCCUCCCGAUCACACUGUCUGUGGAUCUCAUUCAUUUGGGUUUCCACCCUCUGUUGCUUGGUACCUUCUUUGCAGUAGGAUGUUCAAACUCUAGACCCGGCAGACGAACCUGGCAAAGAGGCUUCCCGUGCUAGAGCAGGCACUUUAUGGACGUGAGCUCACUGAAACCUCACAGCAACACUCCGUGGGAAGUGUUUGCAAACCCCGUGCCCAGAUGAGGACCAGGGGGCUCGGGGGGGUCUAAGUGGCUUACCCAGUGGCACCCAGCAAGGAAGCGGUAGAGCUGGUAUUCCCAACCUGGCUGACCAAAGUUUGCUCUCGCCUUUGCUACAGUGUCCGUGUCGUGCGCCCUUGUGAGUGUGUAUGUGUUUGUCUGUGUACACGUGUGUCUUUCUAGUUCCAUGGACACAGCCUGACAGAGAUGGGAGAAGAUCUUUACCACCGCUGGGGAACAAGGUCUUUGUGUAAACGGGCCCACGGUGUUUCCGUCUUGCAGACGCUUACUGUACGUUUUUCUGGUUUGGGUUUUGCUUUGGGGAAAUACUGUGUGUGGCACCCCUUCCGUACUGUUAAAAAAAUGCCCUCUGAAAGCACUCUUUUGCACUUUACUUGCUUACCUUGCAGGAACUCUGCGUACAGCAGGAAUAAAACAGUUCCGAGCACGAAGCCACACACUCUGCCGAGCGGAACAGGUGACGACAGGUGUGGGUGCGGACGCCUCCCCAGCUGAGUUAAAUCACAGUGAUGUGACGGGAUUGGAAAUGGCCCCUGACCGAGAGUGGGGAGGUCUCCAAUGCACAUGACUCUCUCCCCGAGGACAGACGAGCCCAAGGCCCUGGUGAAUAAAACCAAAGAAGACCCCUCCCCCUAUGGAGAGUGAUCGAUUCGUGGGUGGGCAAAGGUGGUUGACAGACUGUAAUGUAAUCUCCAGAAGAGAAGCUGAGAGGGAAGAGGAGGCCGGACCCCUCUUCACGUGUCCACGUGACGGUUCGGGGAGUGGCCAGCUGUUUUGAAGUUGCUUGCGUGUUUCUUUUUAAAGAAGGGGCCUGAAUAGCGUGUAGAAAACACGUGGAUAAGACAAGGCUGCCGUGAAGUCUCAGGGCCCGUGCCCACAGUCCUGCCCUUCAACCUGCACACCGCGCCCUGCUCCACCCCCGGGGAACAGACCUGCUGUCUUUGCACACAGGAAGGGCACACGCUCGGCGUCUUUAGCGGGCGGUGGCUUUUGCUUUGCCUGCUACUUAGGUCCUGAAUGUUUCUUCCAAAACAAAUCUGGUGAGAGCCAAGGGAUAAUCUGAAGAGGCUGUGUAGCUCCCUACCCAGUCGCAACCCAAUUGGGACUCCAGGAAUUGGUCACUUUGGGGGUCAGGCCUGAAUGUGUGUGUAGGUAGGGGUGUCCCCAGCUUCCAGUGAGGGCGACUGGGAUUAUCAGGCUGUGACUGUGGGCCCCGCUGCCCCCUGCCUACACCUUUGUUAGUUCCUCGGCACAUCACGGGAGUUGAGCAAAGAGCAUCGUCAAGGUCCUUUUAGGGUUGCAGUUCUCUGACCGGCAUUUCUGGCCUAUGACUCAGUCAGACUUAUGAGGAGUGUUUAUUAGCUGGAUUUGUGGAUACUGACUAAUGGGCUCCCUCCUUUUAGGCUAAAGCGAGAGCUUAGUCUCCUGUUCUUUGGGAUUUGUGUUCUGGGUGAUUGACGGAGGCCAGAUGUAGUUGGGAACCCGGUGUCCAAAUUAGGACCGUGCCCUGUGGACGCCCAGCCUGUCCUCUCCUAUGGCACACUGUCGCCCGGAAGGCUCCUGCCGUGCGGGCAUUUUCUGCAUGGUGUUAAGACUAUUUGAAGAAUUUUAAGCUGUUGCUAUUUGCAGUCAGUUGAAGUAAAGGUUCCCUUUGCUUACUUCAUGAGUUCAUUUCCUACAGAUGUCUCUCACUCCGACACACACACGUGCACACCCAGGCACACUCCCAGGAAAUGGCCGCUUUGGGUUCUUGGGGGAACCUUCCGUGUUGAAAGUCCUAGUUGUGCUAGACAUUAGCAAACAGCCCCUCGCCUUCCUCGGAGAUGGUGUCACUUCCUGGCCGAGUCAGUGUUGCUCCACUCUCUGUGUGCUGGGUUUGGGAAAUAAGUGAGAGUGUGGCCGGAAUUUGGGUAGGGCCGGUUUUUACUCGCUGGGCGGGGUCACAACAGUGGACCAUUCCAUGGGCACCGUGAACCCAGGGAAGGUGUAGGGAAGCACAAGCCUGCAAAGACCCUCUGAAGGGAGGGGGAAGAAAGAGCCAGUGCAGCAGUCAUGUCUCUGGUUUCUGAACCCGCUCAUGUUUCCAGAGGGGCUGCUCUUCCUCCCUGUUGUGAUGCAACUGGGUGCAAAGCCGUGGCUGUGUGAGCAGAGGGAGUUUUCUGGUGGCAUCAUGUAAGAGCUAGUCAGUCAUGGCCUUAAGCAAGUAAAACAGUGUAACCCUCUGAAACAAAGGAGACUUUCACUUGGCAUGGUGGGUGCUGUUAAUUCUGCACAAGGAGACUCUCAAUAGUAGGCCAAUGGCAUGGCUGCCGAGAAAGCCCUGAACUCUGUCCUUGCACCUGUAAACCAGCUGCCUCUCACAUCGCCAGCCUGUCCACUCCCCAUGUCAACCUCAGCCCUUCCAUGACGGCUCCUCAGUCACGUGACAUCAGUGCAGUGGCAUCGAGGAGAAAUCAGAGGUGUCUCUGAUUUCACUGCACGUGAUUAUCCUUUUCACAGGUGCCUAAGAGAUUUGGAAUCUACUCUCUGUUCUCAGUUCUUAAGAGACAAAUCUCAAAUAGUUCCCUGUGCAUUUUAAAAAAUAAAAAAAACCCUUGCGAGGAUUCCUACUCUGUCGACACAGCAGACCCGUGCUGCAGAAGGAAGUUGGAAAGCUUCUCCUUUGCCGCCAGGGCACCGAGCUUGGAGGGAGAAGGCGUGCGGUGCCCAGAAGACAUAUGCAAGCCAACCCAUACGCCAGUCUCAGGCCUCUUUCCCCGUCCCAGCGUCACAGGCAGGGGACCCAGUGACAACGACGACGUUAAACCCACGUGUGGAGGUGUUUUACCUAUUUUUUUCUCUCUGUAGGAUUUCAUGGUGCUUUAAAAAAAAAGGCAUUUUACAGAAAAUAAUGUGGGGGUGGGGGGAAGAGGGAAUUUCAUAACGCAUAAUGUUCUUAGGAAAAGGACAAAAAGCGAACUUGCUUUGUAACAUUUCAAGAAGCUGUGCUGCUACUGUCUUUAUUUGAUGAUGUAAUUUUUUUUUUUUUCAAUAAUGGAGAAAUUCGCAACAAAGACCUUCUGGAAGAUCCAA